GCGUGGGAUCUGGAUGGCGGCGCCCCGUGCUGCCGGCUCGCCACCGAGCCUGCAGUCAGCGCCCGGCCGACCCUGGCGGGCGCGGGCGCCGAGCCGGUGCCCGCGGCCUCGGCGGAGGGCCUGACCACGGUGGUGCGCAUCUCCGUGAGGGGCAUGUCGUGCAGCUCCUGCACCGCGACCGUGCGCCGGGCGCUCAUGGGCGUAGAGGGCGUGCGCAACGCCAACGUCAGCCUGCAGGACGGGUCCUCUGAGUGGUCAGCGGCGGAGGUCAUCUGCAGGCAUGUCCACGGGCGGCUCUGCCACUUUGUGGAGCACGCGUAUGGCGUGUGCCAGUACCGGCUGGCGCAGCUGGACCCGCCAAUGAACGCUCACGGCUGUGAGGCUGGCGGAAGUCGCGCCGUCGCGUUGCAGACUUGCUGCAAUGCCGUCCGCGUCAUGGACGUCCUGCUUCGCGGCGCCACCGGCCCUCUGAAGCACGCUCGCCAAUUCACCGCGCCAGCGAUCCGCAGGAUGGCCAGGACGUGGAAGGGAAGCGCCAGGCGGCAGUGCUGGCUCGCUGGCCUCAGGAAGCCCCUCUCGUAA